AUGGCUCGAAAAAAAUCCGCUCAGUCGCGCAAGAGCAAGAAAAAGAAAUCUGUUGGCGCCGGAAGCAACAACGGACAAGCUAGCACGACUGGCGUGGCUAUGCCGGCUCACGCGCCCAGCAAGGCCGGCGGCAGCGCCCCCGGCGCCACCUCCGGACCGAUUCCCAACCUGUUCUGGGGCUACGUUUCCAUGGACGACCUACGAUCCUGUCCUCGCUUCGUUGACCUCCCAGAACGACCUCCUCCGGGUCAACCGUUGCCGUGCCUCGCAGCCUCUAGAUAUUUGCGGCAGGACAGUCCCUGCUGGCGGCAGCUGCACACCGGCGUGCUGACCACCGGGAUCCUCAAGGAGGCUCUGGGGCUGAGGGAGCCGCUGGCCGCCCGGGUGGUGGGGGGCCGCAAUGAGAGCAGCCAUGCGCCUCUGCUGGCGGCCUUCCAGCACCUCCAGCAGCCUCAUCAGCUGCCUCUUCCUGCAGAGCCUGAAGGCCAGAGGGGGCGGGAGGCGGUCUGGCGGCGGCAGGUGCUCGCGGAGAUGCUAAUGCUGCAGCGGCGGCGGCGGGAGGGUAAGGACCAGCAGCAGGACGGAGGAGAGGAGGGCGGAAGGAGGGAGGAGAGGAAGGCGGCGGCGGCGGCGGCGGAAGCGGAAGCGGGGGCGCAGCUGAGCGAGGCGGCGGCGGAGGCGCAGGGAGCUCCGGACCUCCAAGAGCGCUACCGCCGCUGCUCGGCCGCGUUACGCGAGGGUGGGGGUGGGGGCCUGGGGGGUGUGCGGUGCGGCUGGGGCCGGGUUCAGGAGGCGGCGGCGCUGGCGCAGCUGCUGCACAUCUUCCCGAACUCCAGCCUGCACGAGGUUGGCCUCUGCUGCGCGCACCCCCUCCCAGCCCGCUGCAGCCCCCCCGGGGGCCCCCUCCUGCCCCCUGUGGCCGCCUCCCCAGACGCCCUCAUAGCGCAUCACCUGGUGCUUCAGCCCGAGGAGGCGCGGCUACUGCUGCAGGCGGCGGAGGAGCUGGAGGCGCAGCGGCUCCGAGAGCUCCUGGACCGGAUACCCGUGAGCCUGGGUGCCGGCGGCGGCGGCGGCGGCGGCGAUGACGAGGGGGACAGCGGCGCCGACGGCAGCGUUGCAACCGCCAGCACUGACGGCGAUGAUGACGGUGACGGCGACGACGAGGAGGAAGAGGAGGAGGAGGAGGGAGAAGAAGAGGCCUUUGUUGGUGAAGGCGACGGCAGCGGAUCGGACGAGGAAGCUUUGGGCGGUGGAGGCGGCUCCGCAGCCGCAGGCGAUGACGGCAGAGGUGUUAUUGACGGCGGCGCCGGGAACAACGACGAAAGGGAACGGGAAAGGUACGGCGGCGGCGGUGGAGGCGUUAGCGGCGGCGGCACCGGCAGCCGCCCCUGGGUUGAAAGCUGGUGCGCGCCUCAAGCCGUUAGCCCAGCAGCCGCCGUCGCCGACGCCGACGCCAGUGCCUCCGCAUCCAAACGCGCCGCGGCGGCGGCCGCUGCCUCUGCCUCAACCGCUGCCGUCGCGGCCUCUUCAUCUACCGGUAUUUGUACGACACGGGCAGCCGCCACCUCUCCCGCCAUCGCCGCUCCCGCCGCCACCGCCGCCGCUGCUUUAGCACUCCAUGGCGACAUCUUGGCGGCGGUGCUGGAGAGCAGAUUGCCCGUUGUGCUGCUUUGCAGAGUCUGCGGCGGAGGCGGAGGCGGUGCUGGCGCCGUCGCUGGCGCCGUCGCUGGGGAAAAGCCGCCGUCAACGGCGGCGGCGGCAGAGGCGCUGCCGCUGCCCCUGCCGUCGUCAUCACCAUCAUCAUCACCACCAUCCAGGGUUGCCUUGGAUCUGCCUCUCAGCGGCCGCCAGGAUGAUCACGACGGCGACGAUAAGCGAACCUGUGGCACUGGUGCUUGUGGUGCUUGUGGUGGAGGGGGCCUUCCUGAUAGCCAAGGAGGGCAGCGUGCCGGGGCGGCGGUGGCGGCGGUGGCGGCAGCGGCGGUGGCGGCGGCAGUGGACGCGAGGGCAGGGGUGGCGGCAGCGGCGGUGACGGAUCAGCAUGGCGAGGUGGACGCUGACGUUGGCGGCAGUUGGAGUCCGGAGACACCUGGCGCGGUGUGGUGUGCAUGCGGCGGCGCCGCCAAAAGGUACGGCAGGGCGACCGUUACGGCGGCGGCUUCAACAGGAUGCGGCGCUAGCGGCGGCAAUGUCGGUGGGGGCCGCGGCGGCGGCGGUGGUGGUGGUGGCGGUGAUUCUACCGUCCUGCACGACGCGGGUGGCGAAGAUGGCGCAGCCGGCGGUGGCGGCGGCGGCGGCAACAGCGAGGCGCCGGAUGCGCAUCAUAAUGCCGUACACGUCGUGUUGCGGGAAGUUGUGGAGGUUAAGAACACAUGUCCGUUUGGAAUACGGCAGGUACGGCGCGGCGGCAAGGGGCGGCUCGCGAGAGAGUGGGUCCUCAGCGACCGCGGUCCUCGGGGUGCCGUACCUCCGCAAUGGGUGCCCCAGCUGCAACUGCACAUGCUGGCUACGGGGUGCCAGUCGGGGCUGCUGGUGUCAAGGUCAGCCACCAAGGGCACCACCGUGUUUCGGAUGAUGCGAGAUGAUGACUACUUGCAUCGGAUGCUGUGUAUCCUGGAAAGGUUCAUGUCCGAGUAUGUACGGCGGGGUGUGGCCCCGCCACGUGACAUGUUCGCUCGACAGCCCGACUACGCCCGCUUUCUGUCAGCAACCGCGCGUCUGGCCCGUACUGCCGUACAUCUGACGGCGGGUGGGCCCUGGCGGCCGCCGCCGGUGGAGGCGCCUCCGCCGGCGCAGCCCAGUGGAGCUGAUGGCGCAGGUCUGGCGUGGCGAUGGCAGUACGUCACCAGCAGCGGCGGCGGCAACGACCUGGGAGCCCUCCGCCGCCUCCGUACAGGGCCGUUGGAUCGUGACGAGGCCUUUCUGGCAGCUCUUGACCAUUCAAUACCGAUUAAGCGCAUCGAAGCUGGCCUAAAAAGUCUCGUACUGUGGGGGAGGAUAACCACUCUGAACGGCAAGGACUAUCUUGUCGCGGAGGGCUUCAACAUCGCGACCUGCAAGGACGGCGUCGUCAACUACGAAACCAAGUACUUUUACAGCCAAGAUGGCGCACGCUGGAGCGACUUGCAGCCCAUCGACGUGGAGACAGCAACACGGUGCGCCAGGAUUAAGGGGCAACUGAGCGGUGAUGCUGCAAAGAACUAUGAGCUUGAGGAGAAGGACCCCAACGCGCCCGAGGAGCCCCCGGAGGGCGAGGAGGCAGCCAAGCCGCUCACCUUUCAAAUUCCAGAGCUAUCGGUGCUGCGCUACAGAGUGGAUUCAAUCACAGCUGCCACGUCGGUCAUGCCAACGGACUCCACCAUCGUCAACGCGGCCAGCCAAGUGGUCCCGAACCGCCUCUUCGCGGGCUGUGCCUACCCCGAGAAGCUGGAGGCCUAUCAGCACCGCACAGCAGCACCUGGUUCCGGAGCCACGCUGGCUCAGGACCUGCGCGGGACCUGGUGUGUCCACUACGACUCGUUCAAGGGGGUGGCGCAGGUGCGGUCGCUGCUGUGGCCGGGGUACUUCUUCUACUACGCAGCCAAUGAGCUGACCUGGGGGGCCUUAUACGUGGGCGACGGCAACCGCAACAACGACCUCAUCUUCAUGUUGUAACGUAUUACUAGCGGCCGGGGGGGAACUUUGCCAGGAGGACCUGCCGGGACGCGGAAGCACGCGGCGUGUGCGUGUAUGUCUGGUGUUUUGGGGGUCGUGGCAUUGAAUGCCGCGACGUGUGACGCGGCCGGUUGUUGCUUUUCUGGUAUUGGGAGCCAGGGUGCCAGUGGCGGUGCUCUAGGAGGAGGGAAGAGGAAAUUGGGAGGUCUCUAGGGAAUGUUUGGGGGGGUAGGGACGCUUACAGCGUUGUGGCGGUUGACGUGGUCAUACUAUGAUGGUGAUGGUGGCAGUGGCUUAGGGAAAAGGGUUCUGGUCCACAGUGGUGGUGGUGAAAGUGUAAUGGGGGAGGAGUUGAUGAAGUGACGGUGAGAGGAAGCGUAAAAAGGACCACGUAAAGACAGGCAAACAGACGGCAGAACAGACGUGAAGAGAGUGGAGCAACGCUGAUUUCUGUAACAGAGAAACUGCAG